AUGACGGACAGGCACGCGUCCUCCUCCUCCCGAACCCACGCUUCAGGCGUCUCCAAAACGCGCAGCGGGGUCCCGUCCAGCUCGAGUGUGCGCCGCAACCUGUUCCCGAGCCAACUAACACGCCGACCGACGGCUCUCUCGCCGGCGCCGGAAGAUCUGCACUCCGAUGAGGACGGCUUCAAGGACGAAAUCGUGGCGCGCGACCACAACGGUGAGGUCGAGCUCGGUGACCCGCCAACUCCACUCAUUGACGAUCCCGGGGACACGGAGGCGAUCGAGGCGCGGCACGUGAAGGAAAUAGAGAGGCAGCGCCUUGCCGAGGCCGUGAAGCAGCAUCGAAUUGGCCAACAUAAUAUGCCGGCACAGCAAGAAGGUAAGACUUUCCACCUUGUUGAGUUCGCUUGA